AUGAAUAUCAAACCAUUAAAGACUGGCAUCAGUAGCAACUCUAAAGACAAGGACUCUAAAGACAAGGACUCUAAAGACAAGGACUCUAAAGACAAGGACUCGAAAGACAAGGACUCUAAAGACUCUAAAGACAAGAACUCUAAAGGAAAAAAAUCUAAUGGGAAAAAGUCCAGAAGAAGGAGAGCACCCGGUUCUAAAGAGAAGAAAAACACGGGGGAAAAGCACACAAAAGAAAAGCACACGAACGAAAAGCACACGAAAGAAAAGGACACGAAAGAAAAGCACACGAAAGAAAAACACACAAAUGAGAAGGACACAAAAGAAAAGCACACAAAAGAGAAAAACACAAAAGAGAAAAACACAAAAGAGAAGAACUCUAAAGAAAAAGACUAUAUGAAUACAGAUAAACUGGAGGUCCAGUGCAAGAGAUUAGUCCAGUCGUGGAAAUGUAUACAGUUUCAAAUCGUCUCCGCUAAAACACCAAGAAACCUUGCUAUUAACCUAACCAUAGCCAGUUUUUAUCAACUUGCACUUCACAAAUGCCAAGUAUUACAGAAUACCGAGUUGACUUGUCACAGCUGUACUCAUAAACCUGAUAAUGAAGAAUGUAACAAGGAACCAAGCCAGACUUGCUCUGGCAAUCAGAUGUGUCAGACAGUAGUAGAGACUGAUGAUAAUGGUGAUAAGAAAUGGAGCAAAGGAUGUAUAGAUAUAGACCAAUGUAAACCUGGUCGAUAUUACAAUAAAUAUACACAUUGCUGUAGAGGAGAUUAUUGUAAUGCUGAAUCCGUAGCACCUGUUCAUGGCGGUUGUAACAUCGAAGCAGCUAAAGUGUGUUCCCGACGUUUGGUAAUUGGUUUGCUACUAACAGAAGAUUUAAACUGCAGCGUACUAGAUGAAGAGCUGUCCUGCAUGGUUGACGUGAGGAAAGAGUGUGUAGAAACGGGUCACAAGUGGCAUCUUCAAACUGUUGACCUUCUCCACAAAUCAUCUGAAGCCAAACAGUGUAGAUUGAAGCAGCUCGAUACAGACUGUGGUGUAAACAGUAUCAGGUCUUUAUAUCAGUCUCUGAAGAACCCUGAUAUUCUUGUUGACGAUCUCUGUAGCUUAUUGGAUGUAGUAGGCAAAAAGGUACAAGCUGUAAGAAGUGAUCCGAGAUGUUCAGAUAAACUAAAAGACAUCAACAUCUCUUAUCUCGUCAUAUGGUACAGAUUUAACGGCGUCAAAUGCCGUGAGGUACUUCCGGUUUGUAUAAACGAUAAGAAGGAGAACUGCAAUGCUAACCCAGUCUGUGACUAUAUUGAGAUUAUACAGGAAUGUUUCCACACCCAGAAGUAUGAGGGAUUAGAUACUUGUCAAACCAUCGACUGUGAUCUAACUGGUCUUUCAACAUUUGAACAAGAAUUCGUCAACAUUUUCAAGAAGGAGACUGCAGUUGCUACAGUAACGUCUACUACCUUGACUUCAAUAUCCACAUCUUUUGAGGCGAUCAUUGUGAAGCCAACUGGAUAUUUGUGGCACGUGUGUUCACUGGCCAAAACUCUGACCGCUACUUUGAAAGGGUACGCUGAUGACGCUUCUGAUGACGUUGGUUUGACCAGAAGUAUGACGUCAUUGGAUGUCUUUUUGAUAAAUACUUGUGGAAAUACGGAUCUUAUCAGUAUUCCUCCAGUAAUCAUCCCAGAAACAGAGACCGAGACAGUUUGCGGUACAUGUGAUGAUGUUGCUGCUGCUAAAUGUUUCAGUGAUGGAUUAGCCAUGUUUGAAUCUCCGGAUGUCUCAGAUGUGAACACCAUCUGCAGCCAAACUUUAGAAACAACGAUGAAGUGUGUCUACCAAGCUAUAGCCAGAUGUGAGGAUAAAACAGCAUUUGAGGCUUCAUUAAAUAAGUUUAUAGCCGACUACGACAAUAUCUGUACCAUUCCAGCCGAUAUCUCAUCAUAUACCAUACCAUGUUCAAUCCCUUCAGGUUCAGUUUCUGACAAAUGUAAAGCCGGUAGAAAGAGAGUUGAUGCGUGUUUCACUACCCAGAUUAGCGCUAUCCUAGCCAAACAAUUUAUCGGAUAUAGAGAAAUGCGAUCCUACUGCAGCUAUGGUAGAAAGUUUGAGGAAUGUUACGACAAUGAAUUGACUGAUUGUAAUGAGGAUGAAGUCUCAGAUAUAGCUAUGUCUCGAGAAAUCAUUCAGAACUAUGUGAAGAUAGAGUGUGGAGAUGACCUAACUGUCAAACCACAAUGUGAACCGGAAAUGGCCAAGCAAUGUGUUGAUACUUUGAUAACAGAUCUGGGAGAUGGAUCUGGGUCGGGACACAAAUGCAGGUCAUUAGAACGCACCAUCAAAUGCUACGAUACUUACACCUUCAAUUGUAAGUCAGAUGAUAUAACUGCUAUCAAAUAUCGUUUGGAGCGAGUCAUCCAUUCACACAGAUAUACAUGUAAACAACUGCUUCAACCCUGGUCGUGUUCUACUUCCGGUGAUGAAAGUGAUUCUGGUACUGAUGGAAUGGAAACUGGUGGUGAUGCUAAAGGAGAUGGUACUUCCGGUAAUACGGUUGAUCUCACUGUAUGUGACAAGACAUCAGCUUUGGCGUGUUUCAGUUCUUUUACUCUUACUAGUCUGCCAUCUUGCAGUGAUUUCAAAUCUAUGAUGAACUGUGCAGUAAGAAGUGUUAUUGGUUGUGAGGACAAUGUUGUAAUUGAAACAGUCGACAGCCUAAACAACAACUUCCUGAACGCGGCCAGUCUAACUUCUUCUUGCAUUGCGAAAACUUCAGUCGAGAAGCUUAAUGCUCAAUUUAAGCUUAUUAAGGACAAAGCUACUACCAGUAACGAGAAAGUUUGUAGUGCUGAAGAAGCUCUGAAAUGUUUCGACUUUUUGAAGCCAGAUACUAACAUACCCUGUCCUACGUUUAAAGAAAUGAAGAGGUGUUCAAUGCUGAAUAUUGAGAAAUGUACAUCAGAUGUCCGAGACACCGCCAUCACCAGUAUCAACUCGGCUAUCUCAGCAUUCCUGACUGCCUCAACCACCUUCGUACCAUCCUGCAUUCAGACUGUUACCAAAGAUAACCUAUUAUCUAUUGGCAUGGUCCCGAAACCAUCAUUUUCUCUCACCUUAGACAAAUGUGUCGACUUCAGCAUCAAGCCAUCGAACAUUAUACAGUGUGUACUUCUGAAAUACCAGAAUAAGGAAACCAUCGACUGUGAUCUAACUGGUCUUUCAACAUUUGAACAAGAAUUCGUCAACAUUUUCAAGAAGGAGACUGCAGUUGCUACAGUAACGUCUACUACCUUGACUUCAAUAUCCACAUCUUUUGAGGCGAUCAUUGUGAAGCCAACUGGAUAUUUGUGGCACGUGUGUUCACUGGCCAAAACUCUGACCGCUACUUUGAAAGGGUACGCUGAUGACGCUUCUGAUGACGUUGGUUUGACCAGAAGUAUGACGUCAUUGGAUGUCUUUUUGAUAAAUACUUGUGGAAAUACGGAUCUUAUCAGUAUUCCUCCAGUAAUCAUCCCAGAAACAGAAAAAGAUGAAUGUAACAAAGAUAAGAUCAACAGAAUUAUCACCCCAGCUUUAUUGAAAUAUCUGUUCAGUUCUUACCUUACCUCAGGUGAUAUUUGUAGUGACGCCUCGAUGGUAAAGAUCAUGGUAAAAGAUGAGCUUACAGAAUGUUCCGAUGAAUACAAAGAGCAUAUAUCAGUGGUAUUACAAUUAUUAACAACUCUCGCCAAACCAGCAUGUUUUACAUCUCCUAAAUGUAAUGUACAGAAGGCGUAUGGCUGUCUGAGUCAACUGAAUGCAGAAAUUGCUCUGUUUGGAAUCGAGAACACUCCUCGUGAUAUCUGCAGAGCUUUAUCGACGAAUGAUGUAUGUAUGGAGCAUUAUUUAGGUGACUGCCAUCCAGACAGACUCCACCUAAUUCGAUAUGUGUCCAAUAAAGACAGACUGGUAGCAUUUACUAUCUGUUCUGGAGAGCAGGUCCAGGUCCAGCCUGUCUGCCAGUCUCAGUAUAUUGGUAGAACGGAGGGUGAACUGAAAUGUUCCAAGCUUGAUAGCGGAUGUAGUAAUUCUUUGUUUAAAGAUUUUUACUUGCCUGAUGAUGGUGCUCUUUGCAGUGCUUCAGCUAGAUUAGGGCAGUGUCAAGUUGGCUUCGAACCGAAAUGUUUCAAUUCCUUACCAAGUACCUACCUCACUAGCAGUAAGACCUAUUUCUCCUCUGAAUGUGACUCUUCUAAAUACAUAGUGCCAUGUUCAGCCGAUUGUGAUCCAAGGAAGAUUCGAGGAUGUUUUGAUACGUUUUUUAACAGUGUUGAUCCAUUCUGGAAUUUAAUGGAUUCAGAAGGAAAAUGCAGGGAAGUACAAAAAGCAAGACAGUGCGUUAGGAUGGCCACAAAGAAAUGCGAUAAACAGUCACGAGACAAAGCCAUAUACAAGCUAUCUAGAUUGGUGAUAGCGUAUGGUGAAGAGAACUGUCCCGAUGGAUAUGAUUGCAUGACAGAAUUCACUAUGUUGGCCAAGAAAAUAUUUAUUGCGUCUGAAAUAAUAACAAAACCAGAUAAAGAUAGUUCCAGUAAAUCUACAGACAGUGAUGAUACGAGUGAAAGCAGCGACUCCGAAGACAAAGAUCAUAAAGCCACUAAAGAAUCUAAAGACAAAAAGUCUAAUGGGAAAAAGUCUAGAAGAAAGAGAGCACCAGGUGCGAAAGACAAGAAGAACACAAAAGAGAAGAACACAAAAGAAAAGAACACAAAGGAAAAGAGCACAAAAGAAAAGAACACUAAAGAGAAGAACACAAAAGAGAAAAACACAAAAGAGAAAAACACAAAAGAGAAAAACACAAAAGAGAAGAACACAAAAGAGAAAAACACAAAAGAGAAAAACACAAAAGAGAAGAACACAAAAGAAAUGAACACAAAAGAAAAGGCCACGAAAGAGAACACUAAAGAGAAGAACACGAAAGAAAAGAGCACGAAAGAAAAGAACACAAAAGAACAUAACACGAAGGAAACUAAGGAGAAGAACACGCAAGAGAAACACUCUAUGGAAAAGCCCGACAUCGAUUUGUCUGCCCUAUGUCAUAAAGCUAAGAUGUUAUGGAAGUGUAUCGAAGGAAGCUAUGGUACUAUAUCCAUCAAUUAUAAUGACCAAAUCGCUUAUCUAUCUCUCUAUGGUAUUUGGUCUUCAGUCAAGGAAAGGUGUUCUAAGACAGUGAAACAGAGUUGUUAUAGAUGUUAUGGUGAAGCCGACGAAAAAGAAUGUUUUAAGAAGACAGAAGUUUGUUCUCAUCACAGCCAGAUGUGUCAAAGUUUUGCUGGAGUGUCAACUAAAACUGGGGUGUUUGAACAUAGUAAAGGCUGUGUACGACCAUCUCAAUGUAAACGUGGUUGUAACAGCAUGGGUUGUACAGACUGCUGUAUUGGUGAACUGUGUAAUGAAAAACUACAAGUGACUGGCGUUGUUGAUACUAAAGUUUGUGAUGUUAGUAAAGCUGUUGAUUGUAGUCUGAUGUUGUUGAAGAAUAUGCAUGAUGAUGGUGGUUGCACAGAAUCCUAUCAGAAAUUGGAAUGUAUGAUAGAAUACAGUAAAGAUUGUUUGAGCGAUUCAAGAAAAGAAAUAAGUCGAUCAGCUUCCAAAAUUGUUAAAGUAUUAGCUCGUAAUAGCUGUCCACCACCAAUUAGCCAACAGUGUAACUCGGCCGCCAUCUUAGCUUUCCAAACUGCUCUCAGCAACCCUUAUGUUGCUGGUAAAGACGCAAUUUGCAAACAAAGAUUAGAUGCUUUAGCAGCACUGACAUCUUUAUCAGCUUCAUCCACGUGUUCUCCAAUUGAUAUCGUAGUCUAUCAACAAGUCAUGACAGAUUCAGAAAGACUGAUCCGAGAUUUCUGUUUGUCCGGCACAGAACAAUGUAUGGUUCCACUCACUGUAGACAUAACUAUAGAUAUUGAAGUCUCAGUAUCACAUGUGAAAAAGAGCCAAUGUGCUCGUGAACUGGCUAAUUUCGGUAUUUGCUUAGCUAAUGGUAUGAUGAAAUUGAAAACUGGCUUUGAUGACGCCUCAUGCGGUGAAGUGAGCCAAAAGAAAUGUAUGUCCAAGGAACUAAAGAGCUGCAAUGUACCAAAAGGCUUGAAUGAUUUGGGAUCAGAACUGGCUACAUUUAAAGCCUCUGGAUGUACAGUAGAUGAUCCAGCACCAAAAGAUUGUUCUAUAGCCACGUUGACCAAGUGUGAUAUCGCUGAAUCUUAUAACUGCCUCCACGACCUCGACAAGACAAAAACCAACUUCUGUCAAGAUCUGACAGCGUCAAGAUCAUGUGUACAAUCGUCAACAUCGGGAUGUCUGUCCAUACAGGAACUGAGCACGAUAGAUCUUUAUAAUACAUAUAGAAAGGAGAGUAAGACGGUUUGUCUAGCAGCACAGGUUCCCGGGCCACUAGAGGUCAAAGUGGACGUCUUCACAGGUUAUUCGACGUGUCUUGAAAUCUUCGGCGAAGCAUUGGGGACUGCCUUUGAGUCUGAUGAUUUUGAAGCUAAGAUAUGUAAGGCGCUAGAUGAAUCUGAUACCUGCAUUGACCAGGUACCAAUGCCUGAACUUACUAAACCGCUAGUUACAGCUACAGUGAAUAAGUACCGAGAUGGAAUGUCCACCUUCAUGAGAACUUGCAGCUCAGAGACACCUGGAGGUGAUAUUGGUGAUGGUGUAGAUAGAGUGAAAAGGGAUACAUCUGGCGAUAAAUGUGAUAUUAAACAAGCCGGAUUCUGUUUGAGUAAAUUAAGUAUGAUAUCUCAAACACUACCAGUCAUACAUUACUCUGAUCAUCUGACUUUCUGUAGAUCAAUGCAGGAGUACGAGACUUGCGUUAAAGACAACAUAAAGGAAUGUACCAAUAAAAAGAAGACUGGACUAAUGGUGACUAUAUUAGAAUCUCUGAUAUCCAGUUCAGAACAAUAUUGCGUAUUGCAAGUACUAGAGGAACCAAGCUGCAAUAUAGAGUAUGCCGAAGAAUGUAUUGAAACCUUCACAGUUCUGACUUCCUAUAGCUCUUAUACUCACGAACAGAUUUGCAGGAAUGCCGAAGUAACAUUGAAAUGUGUGAAGAAAUUUACCACAGAAUGUUCAGAUGCUGACCAGUCGACAAGAGUUCGGGGUAAAAUCACCACGAUUGUUCAGAGUGUAGUUGGUAAUGAUUGUCCAAGCGUCACGGCUUUACUGUUCUGCGACGGCGCGGAUAUUGAUGCUACAUGUAAUGCAGAAGAAGCGAAGUCGUGUUUUACAACUCUGAAGAAGAAGCUAUUGGAUGUGUCUUCUAGAUUGGCUGAUAAAGAGGAAUAUUGUCGGGUUGUAACAAAGAACUGGAAAUGUUUAAGACAGAGCGUUCAGGGGUGUACAGAAACCGUCUUCAACCAGUUGACCGCAGAUGUGGACGCCGAGUUCCUUGUACGUGUCAAAGCCUCUGGAUGUGAUGGGGUUGAUAGUGAUCCCAUACCACAGACCUGUAUAGCUGAACCUACCUGCUCGAUUGAUUCUUUGUAUACUUGUAUCGAUGACUUCACCACCAAAGCCAAAGAUGAUAAAGCUUCUGCAUGCAGUUCUGUCGACUCCCAUAUAACUUGUAUCACAUCACAAUCAGGAUGUACCGAACCACAGAAACUAGUUGUCCUUACAGAGUUAACUACUGUUUCUAAUGCACUGUGUGGAACAGCCGUCAGCAUUGCUCAAACUGUCCCAGAAUUGGUCUGUCUGCAGACAUUCGUCCAAGAUUUGGCAUCAGAGAUACUGAAUCCAUCAAAACCAGGCGUUCGUGGAAUGUGUGAUCUUUUUACGUCAUAUUCGAGCUGUUUUGGUGCAGCUUCCUUUGAUGAAUUGGGUGACGUGAUUUCAAACUUCUAUGGUGUAUCCGGAGACAUCCUUUCCAAGUUUGUUGAUGCUCAGGCUCUCUGUAAAAAUGAUCCAACCGAUAGUAAAGUUGUGAAGAUAGAUUUAAUUAAGGGAUUAUCGACAGUAAGCUGUGUGGUUCGACAACUGUCAUCUGUACUAGUCAGAAGGCUGCUUCCAUUGACUGAAAAAGAGAUGAUCUGCAGCAAAACUUCGUAUGUAGAAUCCUGUAUAUCAGAAAAGAUUUCUGGACUUACUACUGAUGAAUCAGCCUUUUUCACCAAAGUAACAACUCUUACUGAUAGUUUAACUACCAAUAUCGAAUUCUGCCAAGAACCACAACUCUGCCUUCUAAAAGAAGUGACUGUAUGUGUUCAGGAUCUCCAAACAGAAAUAGCAACGUUUGAAACAUCUGGAGAGCGAUCUCAAGUUUGUCGUUGUAAGGACGAAAAAGCUUUCGCCGUUUCAGAGACCCAUUCCAAUACCGCCGCAUGUUCAAAUUCUGUAUUCGUAAGAACGUAUCCUACUUUUGCACUUGCCCGUGGGGGUGUUCUACUUAGGUUACGUGGGUACUUUAAUCCAUAG